ACAUCCCGGCGGAGACUUUUGCUGGGCGAGCGAGUAUUUGCGGGCGAUGGAGAACGGAGCGGUGUACAGUCCCACCACGGAGGCGGCCCCGGGCGCUGGCAGGGGCGCUCGCAGCGGCCUGGCCGCCUACUUCUUCCUGGGCCGGCUCCCAUGGUAUCGGCGCAUCCUCAAGGGCUUGCAGCUGCUGCUGUCUCUCCUGGCCUUCAUCUGUGAAGAGGUUGUGUCCGAGUGUGGGCUGUGUGGAGGCCUGUACUUCUUUGAGUUUGUGAGCUGCAGUGCCUUUCUCCUGAGCCUUCUCCUGCUGAUCGUGUACUGCACAGCAGUGUACGACAGAGUGGAUACUGGAAAAGUCAAGUCAUCGGAUUUUUACAUCACCCUGGGCACAGGGUGUGUGUUUCUGCUGGCUUCUAUCAUCUUCGUCUCUACCCAUUCCGGGACCUCGGCUGAGAUUGCUGCAAUUGUGUUUGGCUUCCUAGGAAGCUCAAUGUUUCUACUGGACUUCGUCGUCAUGCUGUGUGAGAAGCUGCGGGAGAGCCCUCUUAGAAAGCCCGAGAACAACGCUAGAGCUGAAGCCCUCACUGAACCACUGAAUGCUUAAAGACAAGGAGUGGGGGCUGUGGACCCAAACAGAGGCUCCCUCCUUGUGACCUGUGUCAUGUGUGCACCUUUUGGAGAGAAGGGAAAGGACAGAAGAACAGCUUCACAGAGCUGGGCUGGAUGACAGCCCAGCAGUAAGCUCAGAGGGUUUUUAAUAACUGUUGGAACCUGUCUCAAACGGAGGAGGUGGUGUUUGUUUGUUUGUUUGUUUUGUUCUUAGAGAUGAAGACUGCUGUCUCUUUGAAUUGCAUGUCUGUCAUUUUGCUACAGGACGCCUGCCCCUCAUCAGGGUUAGCUUCCAGACCGUGCCUUGUCCGUCCUUUCAGGAACUGGUUAAUUUCUGUUGUGUCGUUAGAGAUUUAAUUUGUGUUUAAGUGACUGGUGUAGGCUUCUCUCCUUAAUGUUAGAUCCUUUACUGGAUCCCACUCAGUCUUACACUUAUGUGCUAACCUUUCAAAGCAAUUAUUCUUAAUUCCUUCUGAGCCAUGCAUUGCCUAACAGAAAAUGUGUAGCCUGCUGGUGUUUAUUUGUAUGAAAGCAACAGUAGCAUCAGCCUUGUGGUGGCUUUUACAUUGCACUUUGGUUGUUGAGAUUAAGUUUGUUAUGGGCCACAGGGAAGUGAGGGAACUGAUUAGUCUAGCUAAAGACCAAAGAGAAGAGACUGUCCCGCACAGCAGGUGUAAUCACACAGAGAGGCCUUGAUCACUCGGCAGAGAUGUGAAGGGUUGGUGCUGUGUUCACACACGCAGACAGUUGAUGACGUCAGACUGGAGACUGGGUCUCCCUCUGGGCAGAUGAUCAUUUCUGCUCAAGCGAACACAGCUCUGCCGGCUUCUCUUCAGAGGCCUAGCUGGGAGCUCUCGCCCACCAGAGAUGCCUCCUUUCUGACCAGCUCUAGAAUGGUCCCGUGCUGUGUACCGUCUGUGAAAGUGAGCGCGCACUCUCACUCUCCGUUCUCUUCCCACUGUCAGCCAUCUCCAGGCCAUCCAGAGUCGUGUCCCUUCUCGUCACCAAGCGUCUGAGGCAGGAGUGUCAGGCUCGUCCCAUGGGCCUCUGCUUGGGUUUCUCUCCAGGGAGGUGUCUUGAGAAAGCGAAUCCUAGAAGCCCUGCUAGUGAAUACUGCUGGUGGUGUAAGGAGGCCAGACUUCUUGGGACUUUGGAAGAAUUGCUUGUUGCUGGAAGGCUGUCUUAGAGCCACUGGGCACCCUGGUGACCAAAGGGGACCCUUCUUACCUUCCUACAGUUUAACUGAGACUCAGGUUUCCCAGGCUGGGGUUUCUCUCUGAAGCGAUGCGAUCAUGCGAUCAUAUUUCCAGGGAGUCACUGUAAAGUCCCCCUCCGUUCCAGUGUCUUGUCUGCCAUUGUGUGUGGAAGACGGUUUCAGUUUCAUGAGUGAGCCUGCUACAGUUCUUGGAAGUGGCUGAAUCUGGGCACACAGCUUCUGCUCUGUGCCUGCCUCACUGUCUGACUGAUCUGCUGGCCUCAGGGUUUACAUUGCUGGUGAUGUCACCAUAGCUGCUUUGGAGAUCAUGAAACUAAUCAUGGAUGUUGCCUUACUGGGUGUGCCUUCUCAGAGAGGUGACAGUAGGCUCUUGAAGCUAAGAAUAGAAAAAUUCAAAAGUAGCCAGUUUAUUGCAGACAAUUUUAGAGUUUCAUAUCAAGCUGUGCUGUAGUUACUGUAAAUAUCAUUUAGACCUGUUGAGAAUUAACAGCAAAUUGGGGCUACUUUAGUGUUGCCAAUUAUUAGUCAGCUGACUUACCAUAGCAAAAUACCUGAGACAAUCAACUUAAAAAGAGGAAGGGCUGGAGAAAGGGUUAAUCUUGGUUUGCAGUUUGGAGGCUUCAACCCUUGGUCAGACCUGUUGUUUUAGAAGGCAGCACAUCACUUGGGGAGUUCAUGGUAGAGCUGCAAGCAAGGAAAGAAGGGUGGUGACUUGAGGUCCUGAGGUCUCUUAAGGGUCACCUCCCUGUCCCCGCUGACCUAAGACUUCACACUGGUCCCCACCUCUAAAGGUGUCUGCCUGCAAUAGUGCCAUCCUGAGACCUAGCUUCUAACUCGCAGGUGCUUAGGGACAUUGUACUCUGUGGUAGGCGCCUCUCUGCCCGUGUGUGGCUUGUUCGUGAUUGACAGUCACUCUGGCCUGCUGUGUUAGUGUCCCACAGCGGGGGACUCUGCCGGGCCACUUCAGGCUUUCCUUUUAGGAAGAUAAUUUGGUCACUUGUGUCUGUGGCCACUCUUAGAACUUUCUCUUUUGGGGGAACCUGUGGCUGGUUGACUUCUGGAUUCGAUGGAGAGAGAUGAUAUUAAAGACUGUGGCAACAAACACCCUGCAGAAGCACUGGAACCAGAGACUGUCAGCACAGUAGGGACAAUGUCUUUUCUAGUAGCUGUGGCAGAUUUGAGUUCCUGUAAUUUAUACAAAUUGUUUAGAAUGGUUUUUAAGACUUAGAAGGGAAAUAUACUUACAGCACAAGACUUUUAUAAUUAUACUUUAAAUUAUGCUUUAUGUGGGACAGGAAAAAUGUAUUUUUACAUUGCUUAUAUCAGAUCACUUUUGUAUUUGUUGAUUUAAAGCCUGUGGGUCUUUUUUUAUCACUCUUAAUAUCAACUUUUAUAAUCUUUUAAAAUAAAUCCUCUUAAUUCCAGUG